CACAAGUAUGAGUAGCUGUUGUUACCAGGGAUACCAAAAUCCGAAUUAGCGUUAAUCUUAAAGUUGAGAUUCCUUAGUAAACAUACCGUUGUGUACUGGUUAUGGACAUGAUAUUCGUGCUUAAAUACUUCCAGUAUAUCAAAUCUUGUCCACACGUCAAAAUCGCAAAUACAUAAGACUGCUAGAAUUUAAGUUCUAUUUUGAGUACACAUCGAUGUUGCAAAAUUUGAGUGUGAAAAUGUCGCUCGUGUAUGACCUCAAAACACUUGUCAGAAUUACCAUGGCUAAUCAAACGCUCGUGUUUAAGUUUGUAAAUGUACUUUUAAAAAACUACCAUGCUUUUAAGUGACCUGUUGUCAGUGGAGAAAAAUAUUUGCAAGUACAAAUCGACGAAAACAUUAGCGGAAUCUGCAUGGGGGAGGAGAGCGAAUGUAAGAGUUGUGUCCCUUAAUGAAAGUUUUGCACCUUAUUUCCUUGAAAAAGCUUAUGAUUUAGAAAGGUAGACACUUCCAAGAUGAAACCAUUUCAUAGAGAUUACUUAUGCGUAUACUAUACUAGAGAAUUAGGCUUAGAAUGCCCCGAAAAGUGUGCAAAAAGCUACCAAAGGUAGUUUUUGCUGCGCAUGCGUACUGCUACAACUACAUCAAUGUGGAAGCUGUAAAUGGAAAAUGGCGGAUCUUCCACGAAUGCACCUAACCAUUUCAAAAGGAAUGAAAUUAUCUUGUACAGUUGAACAAGCCUUAGAAGAUGUGAUCGUUGUUUCCCUGAAAUAUAAAACUAAAGAAUUUCGUGGGAUUUUAUUGGAUUCAAGCCAAAGACAUCUUCCACCUGGAUUGUGCUUUCAUCAAGACUCGCAAAAAUCUGGUGAUGGAGAAGUAACAAGCGGCGAAAACAGUGUUAAUUCUCAUGACCAUGAUGUGGGUGUGGAUUAUAGAGGUGCUACACUCGUUCGCAGGUACUCUUACAACAACGACCCAGCCAAGUACAACGAACAACCUCUGCCCACUACUCAGAUUAUUAGUAUCAGGUCUUCUCGAAGCAAAACUGUGCGCAACAUUCGUCUUAGACCCCGCCAAACUCUGUGCUCAAAGUGUAAAAAUAUGAUUCAUGACAGCAAACCUAAAUCCCCUCAUAAAAACUUAAAACCAGAGGGCGAGAAUCAGGGAGAAAUGAUUUACCAUAAUACGCGUUUCAGAGCGGCAAAUGCUAACAAAAAUCAAGAGACAAAUGCAUCUGCAGGACCUGCAUUACGGUCAGGAUUAAGGAAUCGACGAAACUCAGUUGAAAGCCCUAAAGUUUUGCUGGAAAACAUUCGGCCUAAACGAGAGGUGAGAUCAACAGCAAAGCGAAAAACUAGUCCAGAAUCAAGUCAAAAAUUAAAGCUUGUAGACAGUUCUGCAAAGCGAAGUGAUCAUCGAGAUCAGGCAGAGAGAAGCCAGAGUCAAAGACAUUCCAAUAAAGAUGUAGACAUAUAUGGUAAGGCUGCUGAAAGCAUGAGUGUCUUAAAGCAAGAUAGUGAGUUUGGAUUGCGUGUUGUGGUUGAACGAUCUGCUGGAAUAGAUGGUAGCAGCAGCACAUUAAGUCAGUACAACAAACAACCAGUUAUAAAGCUGGAAAAGUCUUUGGUCCAGAAUCUUUCAGCAGAAGAAAGAACUGAAAGGCCUCCCACUCUUCAGAUAGUGAAUAUUCCCAAGCCUUCACCUGCCAUCAAGAUUUCUUAUGGAGAUGGAGCUGUUUUGAAGAUUCCUCCACGUCUACCAGGCACAGAGAUGAAAAGCCCAGAAGACCAUAGCACUGCCGAAGAAUCUCCGAUGCACAAUCCAGAACCACCUCUCCCUUUAAAGAAAAUAAAGAAAGCUUCUAAAAGAUCUAGAGAUAAGCAGAGAUAUCGCAGUUUAGAGGAUAAUAUAUCAUCUGAUCCACCAGUGCCAGGAAUAAAAAUUUCUGUGCAUCACAGAAAGCACAAAAGAAAACAUAAACAUCGGCAUGCAAACAAUGGAGAUGAAAAUUACAAUCUGGAAGCAUCAGCAUGUAAGUUUCCUACCAUUAUUACAAAGUAUUCAUUGGUGUCAGACAAUGUUGGAGAAAGUGACAAAGGCAUGGAUUUUCGCAAAAGUGACAUUUCAGUGAAACAGUCAAUGAACAUUGAAGAUGACUUUGUGGAUGACAUAUCUAAGGCAGAAGAUGAGCAGACCACAAUUUCUGCUGAUCAGAUUAUCUUUGACAAGGAUCCUCUUCGAUUAGAUGAUAUGUCCAGUCCUCCUUCUAUAUGCGGUGUAUCUGACCAUAGUGAAACAAAUAGUUUUGAACACACAAAAGAUAAAGUGGGGAAGGCAAAAGCUUCCUUCAAUGAUGCCUAUUCGUCCAAAGUAGACACUAAAACAAUACAAAUUUGGUCAUCACCAGGCAAAGCUGAUGGGUUGUCAUUUGAGUCAGAAGGGUCACCAGCCAAGAUUGAAGCACCUCCAUUUCAGACUGAUGAUUCACCAGACGAGAUUGAGAUUAAGCCUUUGAAACUUGGAAGCUCACCAGAGAAAGUAGAAGGUAGUCUAUCAGCAGAGAAAGAGUCUUGGGGAAAAGCAGAUGAUGAAAACAGCUCUGUUGAAUCUGAAGAUGAAGCAAAGAAAGUGUCUCUACCUUAUGGACAUGGGGUAUUUGAAGACCUCACACCAGAUGAAGAUGAAGGUAGUCACGAUGACCUUGAUGCAAGUCAGCCUGCUUAUCACCUGCCUGUGACAAAGAAUGCGCGGCUAGUGUAUACUUGGCAUCAGGGGGGUGCUUUGGCCCAGGCAGAGCCAUCACAUGUGUCUGGCAUUUCUGCAUAUUUUCCUAAUAGUCCUGCUCCUUUGAUCUCAAGUGGCUCAGCAUCUUUGUAUCAGAACAGUUCCCAUGUGUAUCAGAAUGGUCCAUCUUCUGUGUUUCCAAACAGUCCUGGUUCUAGCAUUUUCUCAAACAACCCAGCCCCUGCUUUUUCUAGUAGCUCUGGAAGUGUUUUUCAGACUAGUAGUGCCCCACGCAUACAGAAUAGCCCCACCCCAAUCAUACAGAAAAGUCCGGUUCCCAUUUUCCAGUAUAAUAUUUCUCGUCAUCAAGGCAGCCCAAAUCGGCGAUACCAAAACAGCCCUCAACGACGAUAUCAUAGUGUGUCAGAAAAUUCUGGAAAUCCCAGAUACCAAGCUGUUGUAGAUGGAGCUGGAGGUUCUGUUCAGAGGUCGACUACACAACCAUCCAUAGUUUCUCGAUAUCAUGGUGACGGUUCUGCCAUCCGGUACCUUGCUAGUGCCGGUGAUACAGCAACAGGAAGUGGUAGCUUUGUCCCUCAGAGUGACAGUAGUGCCCUGUCUGCUAUCAAAUAUCAGAGUAAAGUGGAUGGCAGGUCAGCAGUCCGGUUCCAGCCUCAGGCUGACAACAGCAUAUCUGGCUUCCAGGUGCAUGCCACAGAUGCCACAGUCAGCACACUGCUUAGAGCCCAAGCCUCAGCUGACAAUAGCUCAACUGCAGUGCUCUACCCAUCUUCAGUGGAUGAUAGUGUUCAGAGCUCAGUGGCACAGCACAGUCAGUCCCUUGGUGAUAAAAGCAAUGUGCCCAGAUUCAUAGUUCAGAACGAGAACGAUCCCACAGCCACUAGGUUUAAAGUUCAGGGAAGCAGUAGUUUGUUGUCGGGCUUCACCAUUCAGCAAAGUGAAGGCAGCACAACUGUACACUACCAGACUCCAGGCAGCUCAGUUUCUAGGUAUCCAGUGCAUAGUGAUGGUAGCCUUUUGUCCAACUACCAGAUGGUGAAAAGUCCAGCUGCAGGACUUAAAGUGCAGCAUGACAACAGCCCUUCAUCAGUGACCUACGAGAAGGAGAAGAAACGUACCUCUGUGUCAGUUCCCAGUUUUUCAAAAUCAGUCGGUGCAAAUGUUACUGCCUCCAACGUGUUCAUAACACAUGGUAGUCCAGCCACACAUGUCCAAAGUAGCUCUGUGCCACGGAUACAAGGCAAGCUUCCCCUAGUGCUGCAGCUGCCUUUCGCAGGGGCAGCCAGUGUGGAUCCUUUGAGUGGUUCUGGUAGUGUUCCAAGCCAUCAUGAUAGUGCUGUGAUGUUUCAAAGUCGUGAUCAUAGACAUGUUAGUAUUCAGCAGGGUCAGAGUUCGUCGACAGUUUUUCAAGGUCAGAGUAGUGCAGUUUUACCUCAAGGUCACACAUUACCUACUCUUUCUCAAGGUAAGAGUCAAUACAGUAGUAACAUUAGCAACUCUGAAAAUGAUUCUGACAGUGACUCUGUGGUAGACUACCUGCCAAACUCAAAAAGCAGCAGUCACCAAGUUACACACAGUGACCAAGACCAUGGGCAUUCAUUAAAGAUUCAAGCACAGAGUGUGACCAAAUGUUGCAACAGUGAGGGACGUGAAUUUCAUAUUGGAGAUAUAGUGUGGGGAAAAGACCAAACUUUAUCUUGGUGGCCAUGUCGAAUCCUAUCCAUAGUAGCCACUCAAAAUGACCACGAUAAACAUUUGACCCAUGUGGUUCAUGUGUCUUUCUUGGGGAACAUAAAAAGGACAGACAUAAAGUCUACAAAUUUGCGUCCAUUUCGGGAAGAGUUUAGGUUGCGUUUCAAUAAGAGGAAACAAGGUCAGUAUAUUGUUGCUGUGAAAGAAGCCCUUGUUGCUACACAAUCUUUGAAUUCUCAAGAUCUUGAUUUUAAAGACAUUGACUUAGUCUCGACAUUCAUGUGAUCAUUGACAAUUUAUUUCUUUAUUACAUAAGAUGUGCUUCUUACACUGAAGUUUGGUGCAGGAGGUAAAGACCUUAAAGGUGUGGGUGGGGGGCUGAAAAGGAUGCUGCCAUCUUUUCAAGAAAGGGAGAGAUCUGAAGUAUUAAGGAAAAUGAUAAUAUAAUCUUAAAUUUUAAAUAUGCAAAUACCAUUACAUUUUAGAAAAGAGAUUGUAAACUCCUUACAUUCGAGUGUGAUUGAAUGAGCUAAACUUCAGCUUAAAGAUGAAACCAAUAGUUGAAAUUUUUAGCUGUGUGCUUAUGAAAUAUGCAUCUAUUCAUGUCUGGUUUUGGUUAGACUUCUGACAUUAUUGGUGAUGAUGAUAAGUGCUUCCCUUUGUCACAGCCUAGGAAAUGAAGAAUAAUUGCACUAAAAAAGAGUUCUAACUUUUGUGAUGUUUGUGUCAUUUACACCUUACAUCUAAGCUUAGUAUUCUUAGAAUACUGUCAAAUAGUUAUAUUACUAGUUAGACCCUAUAAUUUAGUAGCAUAAUUAGAAUAAAGUCCAAUAUUUCUAUUACUAGUUUGGCCCUAUAAUUUUGUUAUACUUAAAAUACAAUCAGAUACUACAACUAGUAUGGUCCUAUUAUUUUAUUAGCUAGUCAGCACUAGCACUAGCCAUGCUAAUGUUACAUAGAGUCAGUUAAGAACUUUCAAACUCCUUGUUCUCCAGCCACCUUUUACUGACUCUUUUAGGAAACCAGAAUUAUGUGUGUUUCUGUACAGUCAGUUACUCCUUUCCUUCCUGGCUUGCUCAGUCCCCUUCCAACUGUAAUUUUACAGCCAAAAUCGAACUGUCUCCUUAGUGCUUUUUAACUGAGAUUCAUCAUCCACGUCUGAUGACUCUUAGGGUCCCUGUUGCUGACAAAGAGUAAAUUGCCAAACAUCUGCAAUUAAAAAAAAAUGUAAAUCUUUAUCUUGGGUAAACGAAAAAGUAGGUAAGCAUAAACAGAAGCGGAACUGGUAAUUAUUUCAGUGAUUAACUGAACGUGCUGUAUCAUGCUGGAAAUGGUGACAGUUUUGGGAGACCUACAUAAGAUCACUUUUGUUAGCAUAUUUUCAGAAAACACCUUUUUCCUCUCUCUACUAUUGAACUUUAUGUAGAGACUAUGUAGCAUUUGAAGUUUUGAUGUGGAAAUGCUCACUGCAUUGUUAAUGCUUUUAAGCAAACUCUAACACGAAUUGUUAUUGUGCACUUAAUAGCCUGUUCAGCCUUCAUGUGAAUCAUAUACUUUGUUAUUUUUAGCAAAGACCUUGACAAUAAAAUAUUAUGUCCUACAACUAGGCUGUUUGUGCAAAGGGAAGCAAACAUUAUCAGACCAGUCAAGCUGGAGCAAAAGUUUGGGAGGGCUAAACAAUUUCUUAAGUGCUUUUUAGAUUGCAGUGAAGGCCAGUAACUGGCAGAAGUUCAAGAAUAGUAACUGAUCUUAACGGAUCCUAAUCAGGGAUGAUUAUCUUGUGGAAUAUUUUUUUUCAACAAAACUCUCCUUCAGGGGUUGUCAGUCAUACUAUCUUAUCAUGUUGGUGAUCUCUGCUGGAUCUUUUAAUCUGGGGAAUGUGAUAAAAAGAAGUUCCAUUUUUUGUGGAAAAGGAAGUUCUGCAGCCAUUGUAAAAGAGUUGGGGAUAGAUAAUUUACAUUUUACAUGAUUCAUUCUACACAGUUUAUGAAUUGCUUGUAAAGCAGCCACUUAGUAAUUCCUGUCCACGUUAGGUCAAUGGUAAUUUCUUCCAUGUCAUUAGACUUUGUGCUUGUGUCCAAACCAGUUUCCAUGUGCAAGACCCAGAUGUUCAAAGUGUUGUCACAAGUGUGCUUGUUUGUGUGCACUUUCCAUCAACACAUUUAGCAUUAGAUUUCCAGUCUCAGCAUGGCAAACAAGUCUUCAGAAGAUAAAAUACAGAUUUUUAAUGGUGGAUGUCUUGAUGUUUUAGAGGUUGGGGAGGGGAUUAUGAUCAAGGUCUCCCCUUUACUGAAGUUGUAGAACGUUCUGAUACUGGGAUAGUGAUAGUGUUGGAUAUAUAUUUUACAUUCAUGACAGGAGGUUUUGUGCUCUGGUACUGUGGUUGAUUUUUAAAUACCACAAGAGCCCUCCAGCAAAGGACAGUAUAUUUCUUUGAGUGAUUUACUUAUCUUUCUAUUGACCUUUAGACUACUGGUACAAGUGAUGAUAUGGUCUUAACAGAUCACCAGCUGUUAAUUAUUCUCAGCAUUUUGUUCUUGCAUGCUUGUCAAAAGGGAAACUUGCCCAGUUGUGUGUCAGAUGUGAUGCUUUGGUGCUUUCUUAUCUUGAUAAAAUGUCAGCAUAAUGGUUAUAGCAUCUGUUUGCCCUGCUCAUGUCAGCAACAAUAUUCUUAAGAGAAAGUAUAACAGUAGACUUGCUUUUUUUUCAUCUUAAAUACAGCCAACCAGAAAUUCCUUGUUUUGUUGAUAUUUCUUUUUUAGAAGAAAAAUCAUCCCUUGGUAGCUUACUUUGUAGGAGUUUUUAUUUUUAGUUUUGUUGUUGUUGUUCCAUUGCCUGGGCCUUGCUGUCACUAUAGUGCAGAGAUCAUAAUAAGGGUUUGGUGGUAGAUUACUUGUUUACUUUACAUUUAUAGUGUAGAUGGACAAGAUGAUGAAACCAUUCACUGAAAUAUAAGUUCCCCUUAAUCAUAGCACGUUUUCUAGGAAUGAAAAAAGUUGUUGGUUACCAUACAUAUUGUCACACCCAUCUGCAAGAUGCUUUUUAUGAAGGAGAGUAUUUCCCCAUCUGCCACUGAACUUUUUGCCUGCUCAUAAAUCUGAACUUUGUGGUGUACUUUACACAUUUCAUGUUAAGACACAAAAGCACUCAAAAUCAAAUUUCAUCCUUUUUCAGCUAAGCAUUGUAAGCUAAUAUAAGGCAGGCUAGACCUUCUUGAAUGUGUUCAUUUUUUUAAAAGUAUUGUUGUGUUGUCUCUUCUAAUGAAAUGAAGGAAUCAGUUGCUAGCUGUCUGAGGAUCGUAACAAGUGCAAUGAAAUGUGCAUGUCUUGUUACUGUAGGAUGAGAGAUUUUAUAGUUAUACAUGUGUGCUUGUUAGUCAGGCAUCAAAACCACCUAGUCUUGUAGUCUUGUUUUCUGCCCAUGAUCAACUAUCCUGAUGUUUGUUUCUUUAAUUCUCUGUCUCAUCAGCUGGAUGAUGAUAGUGCAUGCAGUGCAAAAAUUAUUAUUUUUUCACUCUAAUGGUAGUGCUUAGUGAUAAAGUCUUUGUGGCCCUUUGCUCCACUGAGGGCGAUUAGGAACAAGAAGUGAUAAAGUCAUUUACUCAUCCGUCCAUAGCUCCUCAUUGCCCAAAUGAUGGGUGAAGUACAGGAUGCAUAUGAACAAAUUGCAUCUUUAUGCUUUGCUAUUCUGCCCUUUGAAAUAUCUGUGUAGUCUGAAGCUGUGCCUUCAGCUAGUUAAGUUCUAAUUUACAACUUUCAUGUCGAAAAGCAUGUCAUACAGUAGGUAAAAUGUUAAAAGAGCAAACAAGAAUCAGAGCUUUGCUAUUCUGCCCUUUGAAAUAUCUGUGUAGUCUGAAGCUGUGCCUUCAGCUAGUUAAGUUCUAAUUUACAACUUUCAUGUCGAAAAGCAUGUCAUACAGUAGGUAAAAUAUUAAAAGAGCAAACAAGAAUCAGAAUAUUUCUAGAAGGUAAAAUGUUCAAAGUUGUUUGAUAUUGUAUAGGGCUUGGGUUUUUUUUUUUGUUUUUUGUUUCGGUGUGUGUGUGGGGUAAUUCUGCUUGAUUUGUUUUUAAUUUCUUUGAGAAUUACUUUGUGCAUGUGAAAGAUGAAUUGGUGAAGGGGGGUUUCAAAUCCUAGUCAUUCCUGAUGUUGACUUGAAGGCAUGCUUUUGCUGCAUACAUACAGUAAUUGAGUACCAACAAUCUUGAAAGUUGUUCAUGGUAAAAGACCAAAGAAGUUUGAGCAGUCUUCCCGAGUAUCAUUGGUGUCCGACCCUAGGCACAAAUCUAUAAAUUUGUAGACUCCCUUUCAUGCUAGCAGACAUAAGUAAUGAUUAGCUCUCAGUCUGUUCUGGCAUGACUGGGGAUUUCCAUAAAGAGGUUAUUGAAUAUUCUUCUCAACUUUUAGGAAGAAGGGGUACUGGGAAGAGCAUCUAAGUUGUUCAUAUAAAGCAGUUUUUGCUGUUUAUUGAUUUGAAUUGAAAUGAUAUCGUUAACUUUUUAAAAAUCAGUGAUUUUAUUUUUUUAGUUAUCGAAAAUUCCCAUAUAACAAGAUAUGAAUUGUUUCCUAAAUAAGAAGAGCUCUUAUGAAAAAUAGGAAGCUUUACUUUUCAGUGUUUCCUAUCUCAUAAAAAUAUCCAUAUAGCACAUAAGAAAAAAAGACAUGACGGUAGAGCAUAUUAAUUACUUUUUAUCAAAUAUUAGUGACAUUGUUUUAUAUGAAAUCAUGACAAAGCAGUUUCUUGAUAUCAGGGAUCACUAUAAUAUUAGUACAUGUAUAUUUUUAGUUACUUUUUCUGCAGUUGGACAAUUUAUUUAGAGCAUGUUUAAAAGACAAAUUUUAAAUAAGAGUUUGAAAACUUGCAUUUUAUGGAUGAGAAAAGCUGAUUUUUGUAUAUUUAUUAUUGAAAAAAUAGAAGGUAUAUAUAAGAGUAUGGAGGCUAUCUUUUAUUAUUGACCAUAAUAAUAGUUUUGAAUCAAGACAUCAUGUGUUAGCUGAAGUACUAUAGUGUAUCAAAGGAGACUAUCUCUGGACGAUUGCCAAUGGAACUUUCUAUUCAAUGCAGUGCUUUUUCUUGAGUGGGUGUUUUGGAGGAGUAAAAUGUGCAUCUGUAGCAACCACUUUCCAAUAUUUUUGUAGAAUCUUUGGCUAUUGCUAGGAGUGGGAUGCCAGUGAAAAGCUAGAUCAGCAGGGUGGAGAUAAUUAAUUACCCACCCACCCCCCAUCCCUGCUUUCCCCAGGAACUUUAUUCAGGAACAAGCAUAAGUAAGGAUUGUCCUUGGAAAAUUCUUGUAAAAGCAUCUCAACAAAGAAUCAGUAGUUGCUUCUGGUAACACCUUCAUAUCAAAGAAUAUGAUAAUUUGCCUGUCAUAUUGUAGCUAGCUUUUUAUGUUCUUGGGUUCCCUCCUUCCAUCCUUUCAAGUGUGAGGGUGGUCUGGUGCCUGCUACCAAUACAGUGAAGGUUGGCUGCCGUGGGUUCAGAUCUCAUUUUGGGCAUGCUGUUCUUUCUCUGCAUGUGGCAUCUGUUUUCAGGGCUGGCUGCUUUGUCAUGAUAUAGACUUAGUUGCUGGCUUGGCAUAAAAUACCAAUCCCUUCCACCACCACCACCUUUAUUUGUGUUCCUUGUUGCUUUUUUACAUUGAUAAUGGCAGAAGAUCUAAAAUAUUUGGCAUGCGAACAGCAAAACAUUUAACCAUUUGCAUUGCCUUGAGAACUCACAGCGUCCUUGAAAAAGUAAUUUUUUUAAACCCCCAGAAUGUCUUUCACAUCUAUAUUUACAAGCCUGAAGUGGCUUAACACUGGUUUUAUCUUAGAACCUAGGUUUGUAGAUUAAAGUGAACACAUUUAAACUAGCAUCUUGGCAGAAAAAAUUUUUUUCUCCUUUCCCUCAUUCGUCAUCCCCUCACAAUUUUUUUUUAACAAAUCAGGAGAGGGGAUAAAGGUUCAAAUUUUGUAUCAUAUAUACAUCUAAUAUCUAGCACCAGACUAAAAUGAACAGGAACAUCCUCACUUCAAUUAUUUUAAAUAACUGCAUUUAUUUAUUUUUUUUUAAAGAAUAAGUUUAAGCAAUAAGAAAUUAAAAACUAAACAUAGUGUACACUAAGAUCACAUUAUCUUAAUUCACUAACCGUCAUUCAAAUAUGUCCAUCUGUAAAAAUCAUGAAAUGUAUACGUUGAUACAAAGUUGGUUUUGUUUUGUUUUUUUUUGUUGGUGUAGCAAGUUACUUAUUGAAGGUAACAGAGCAUGAUGAUUGGAUUAAAAAUACUGGUAUCUCAUCUGAGAGAGCUGUAUUGCAGAAUAAACAUAGUUCUUGAGGUAAGUUAUGUAGCAGGAAUCUACUUAUACAUCAAGGAUGCAUGACCUUAUAAAAAUUGAUCUUACAUAGACAGAUUUAGACAUGUGAUGCCAUCAUUGUACCCACUAAAGGUAAUACAUUUUUAUUUACAGUUUCAUAUAUAUAUAUGUUUGCACACAUACAUACCUGCUGUAGAAAUGCAUGUGUGCUUGGCUGCUGUGAAAUAUUGAUAUACUUUAAGGUCACAGCUGCAAAUGAAAGAAACUUGUGCUUGUUUUGUGGUGAGAGUGAAACUUGGUCUUUCAAAGGCAGUUGUAAAGUAUACCUCAGGCUUAGUCAUUGAUGCAACUGGUCUUAGCUACUUAUGACUCACUUGGUGAAAUAUGUUACCCUUUUUCUGGCAAGACACAAGUUAUAAAGUGUGGCUGACUCAUUCUUCCGCUCAUUUAACAAACUGUUGGAUACAAUUGUUGAUUUUCUCAAAGGAGUUUUUUUUUAGGAUUCCUAUGUAAAUAUAGUAUGCUGUAUCUGUAAUGGGAGCACAAGGGUGUGUGUGAGAACAAAUGGUAGGAGAACAUGAAAUUGCAUUUGUGAUAGCAUUUGGAUUACUGCAUAAGGAAUGGCGCAGAAAAGCGGCAAAAUUAAAAUGCAUGUUAAACAAGAUCUUCUUUUACACAGUGUUUUUAUUCCUUGUUAUCAUGUUUAACUGCUGAUCUAAUUUAUUUCUUGUUACACUUCAAGGAACACAGGGCUGCCUUUAAGUAAUAUUUGACCAAUGAAGCAAAACAAGUUGCCCAUAUUCAAAAGCUUGCGUUCAUUUACCUCAUAUUUUAUAUUUGAAAGCAGCACAGUAACAAAUGAAUUUAUUUAAAAAUGAAAAUGCCAUUAAUAUCACUUCUCACUGCACAACAAACUGAUUUCCAUGAAUACAAAUAUCAAAAUAUGUAGGUCAUGUUUAUAUUUUUAUAGGUUUGUUUCUCUUUCACAAAGUGUAAAUCCCUUCAUAAACUCUACUGUUAUGGUUACUGUUAUUGAUUCUUGGAACUGGUUCAUGUUAUGUUAACUGUAUGUUAUUUGCAACCUCCCACUCCCACUCAGCCUCCACCUCACAUACACCCACAGAAGGAAGAAGAAGGCAUCCCUCCAAUGAUGGCAAAAGAUGAAAGGUGACAAUCAUUACAAUCAGCUGAAUUUUUUCCUAAAGCUGGAUCCUGUUGCUCAUAGUGAUGUAUGAAAGGCAAGCAAUAUCUAUAAUGUCUUCCAAAAACCAGAGUAAGUUAAUUUGUGGCUUUGACAUGGUUUCUGAGAGGUUUACACAGUUACUUCUUGUUUACUGCUUUUCAGCAGGUGACAGUCCUCAUCAUGCACGGAAAUCAACAUAUUAAUAACAGAACUUUCAUUAUAUUGAUUUCAAACAUUGCCUAGGUCUUAGGAAAAAAUCUCUGUACACAAUAUUACCCCAUAUUUACACUUUACAAAUGAAAUCCAUUAAAAUUUCUUUAAAAUCCUUUUCAUCACUGCCAUAAGAAAGCAAAUUGUAUAAUGUGAAAUCCAUUGCAAUUUAAUGCAAAACACAUGAAGUAUACUGCGCUCAUAAAAUGGAAGUUUGUAAAAACGUGUUAAAAAAUAACAUGAAUUGCAUAAAGGAUCAUUAUUUCAAUGCACAGUGUCAGCAGUUAUAAACAUUUACUCCCUUUAAUAUGCAUGCACCUGCACUUGCAGUCUUUCAAAUACAGUGAUUUGGUAGUUACUGGUAAAUUAUUAAAAAUAAAUCGGGAAAAGAAGUUUAGAAAAAACAGAGUGUUAGGGAACAGGUUUCUUUGGCUUUUGCUGUUUGUUUUUUUUUUUUUUUACUGCUCUACAGUAAUAACAAGGGAAAAAUGCAUACUUCAUCAAAUAAGAAAUCAAGGAAAGGCAUGCCUAAUAAGCAGAUCUAUAGCUGUACCUCGUCCAGUAGGCCUGCAUCUAUUUUCAACAGGUUGUAUGUUGUGAAUGAAACCAGUUUAUAUGUUCUGAUUAUUGGAUGUGCAUCUUUAAAUAAAUUAUUUUUGAUUAAUUUUUUGCACUUUUAGACUC